UAUGAAUAUCUAUCUAAAAUGAAGGUUUCACUUCCGUUAAACGAGGUCAAAGCUUAAGCUAGCAAGCUCUACCGCGAAAAAUGGCUUCUUUGCUAACUGAAGAUUGUGAUGGUUAUUUUCUGACUGAAGAUGAACCUGAUAUCUCCCGCGCUACAAUUUUAUUAAAACGUGAUGUAGACAUUCCAAAAAAGUACUUCUUAAAUCGCAUAUUUUCACCAGUAGCAGUUGACAAUAGUGGUUACCAGAGGCUUAGUGAACGCCCUGCGAAAUAUAAGCUGGUACAUAAGAACUGGGGCAAGCAUGUGUCCCCCAUCAGUGAAGGUAUUGGAGAGCUUGCAUUUUUAACAGUUGAGCAACUACCUCUUGAUGAGGGCCUAGCAACAGCAGUAUCAAAGUACAUAGAGAAUUUGUUAAAGACCAAAAGGUGCAAGUUAAUGAGAUGGAGUAUUCAUCACAUCUUGCUGUACUUUCCCAAGUCGGAGGAUUAUGAUUUGCUGGGGAACUUGUUUAUGGAGGGCAAGUUGGACAACUGCGAAGGUUUCAGGAUAGUAAAGAUAGAACCUGCUGUUUUAACCAACCCUCCAAAAUGUUUCGUUGAAGUGCAAGCAGAAGCUGAAGAGGGCAGCAAACUCCAACAGGAGAUCACAUCCGUCGUAACAAACUUCUCUGGUGCUUUUACUCAUUUGUCUGUCUGUGAAACAGAAUCUCCCAAAACAGCAAGCCAACAGUAUUCUUGUCCGCCAGUUGCUGUCAGCAUGCUGUUCACCGGACAGACACAGUCACUAGCUAUCAAAACAAUAGAGGCAUUGUCCACAAGGCCGUGGGACCAGUUUCUUUUGUCUGACGAAGUUCGGAAUGCAGUUGAAUACGAGACAAAGUACUUUGUAAACACGGCAAGGGAUUUCCCAAUCAUCGGGGUAAAAACCGCAAUGCCCAUUUCAGGCGUUCGUAUCUCUCUCUUUGUAAACAACUUCAAGAAGUUCUCAUUAAUGGAGGAGUUUUAUACAAAGCUAACUGCGGUUACUCCUUUCAAACGUGAAGUAAACCAUGAGGAGAUCCGCUAUUGCACGUUCACGCUGUCUCAACGAUCAGAGUUCACGUUAGCAGCCUACCCCGGGGUUAGCCCAAGUCCAAAUCCCAAUCUGAUACUGUACUUCAAUGUUAGAAAUGCAAGCAGCUGUGUUCCUGGGGCCAGGAAAGUGACUGAUGAUCAUUGGCAAGUUAGUGACCCUGAGGGUAACAAAGUCAUUCUCUUCACCCCUUUAUCUUCAGAUGUACGCUAAGAAUAGUGCUGGGUCACCAAAUGUUAGUUGGCACUUGGGGUCAUCAUGUUUCACUAUUUUUGAGUUGUUUUUGCCAGAUUUUUAUAAUUUUUUGUGUGCUUUCAGGGCUAUUAGAUACUAUUAUAUUUAAAAGUUGCAUAUCAAAAAUAAUGUUAACAUAUUUUUAAUGAAAUUUGUGGGGCUUUUUGUAUAUAAAUUGUCUUCAAAUCAGAAAUAGACAUUAAAAUUAUUAUUUUUUUAAUUAUCAUGAAUUAAUGCUUUAGAACAUGUUACAAGUUUACUGUGUUUCAGUUGAUUGAUCAAUAAUUUAAUUGUUGUAAAUAAUUGAUUUAAUUUGGCAGGUGCGAUUUUUGACAAAUUUCAAUUUUAAGACUCUGUUACUAAUUGUUACACAAAUUAUGUGUACUGAAUUUGUUUAUAUUAAUAAGUUUUUCAUUAAUCAACUGUUCAGUAUUGUUCCCCACGUAAAUGCAGGAAAAAAAUAAAUUUACUAAACUUAAUAUUCAUCUCCAAGUAAAAUAUGCUUUUUGUGA